AUGGCAGGUCAGAGGAAUAGUUACGGUAAGCGGGCUCAUUCGCAGUCGGAUCAUGAUAUUGGGACAAAUAAGAGAAGAAAUUCUGGUGAUGAUAGAGAACGUUUUGUUAUCGAUUCUCAGGAUACUGUAUAUCGUUAUUUGUGCCCGGCUAGGAAGAUUGGGAGCAUAAUAGGAAGGGGAGGGGAGAUUGUUAAGCAGUUAAGGAUAGACACUAAGUCAAAGAUUAGGGUUGGUGAAACAGUGCCGGGUUGUGAAGAACGUGUUGUUACCAUCUAUAGUCCGAGUGACGAGACUAAUGAAUAUGAAGAUAGUGGUAAUUACAUUUCUCCUGCUCAGGAUGCUCUGUUCAGGGUACAUGAUAAGGUUAUUGCAGAGGAUUUGCAAGUUGACGAGGACUCUGAAGAAAGUCAACAAGUCACCGCUAAGCUUCUUGUACCUUCUGAUCAGAUAGGAUGUAUUAUUGGGAAAGGUGGGCAGAUAGUUCAGAACAUACGCAGUGAGACUGGUGCAGUUAUCCGCAUUCUUAAGGAUGAGCAUUUGCCUCCUUGUGCGUUAAGCUCGGAUGAGCUUGUACAGAUUUCUGGUGAAGCUGCAGUUGUCAAAAAAGCUUUAUUACAAAUAGCAUCUCGCCUUCAUGAUAAUCCAUCGCGCUCUCAACACUUGCUUGUUUCUGCUGUUCCAAAUGUGUACUCUUCUGUCGGUUCACUGGUAGGUCCAUCUGCGGCUGCCCCAAUUGUUGGAAUUGCUCCUCUGAUGGGUCCUUAUGGAGGUUUCAAAGGCGAUACUGGAGACUGGUCUCGCUCGUUGUAUUCAGCUCCAAGAGAUGAGCUUGCUUCAAAAGAAUUUUCUCUUCGUAUGGUUUGUCCAACUGCAAAUAUAGGUGCUGUAAUUGGGAAAGGUGGUACCAUCAUCAAUCAGAUCAGACAAGAGUCUGGAGCAACAAUCAAAGUUGAUAGUUCAGCUGCUGAAGGAGAUGAUUGCUUGAUAGCUAUUUCAGCUAAGGAGAUCUAUGAUGACCAAUAUUCUCCAACAAUAGAAGCAGCCUUACGUUUGCAACCUAGAUGUAGUGAGAAAAUGGAAAGAGAUUCAGGUCUUUUCUCAUUUACAACUCGUCUACUUGUGCCCUCCUCUCGUAUUGGUUGCCUUCUUGGUAAAGGAGGAGUGAUUAUAGAUGAGAUGAGGAAACUUACCAAAGCUGUUAUUCGGAUACCUAGAAAGGACAAGCUUCCUAAAGUUGCAUCAGAUGAUGAUGAGAUGGUGCAGAUUUCUGGAGACCUGGACAUUGCCAAGGAUGCUCUAAUACAAAUAAGCCGACGGUUAAGAGCAAAUGUUUUUGAUAGGGAAGGUGCAAUGUCUGCAAUUCUACCAGUUUUGCCAUACCUUCCUGUCUCAACAGAUGGUUCAGAGGGUUUAAAUUAUGACAGUAGAGAUGGUAAAAGACAUGGGCGUGGGACUUCUUAUGCUGUUGGUUAUGGCUCAAGUGAUUAUGCUGUUGGUGACAGUUAUGGUAGCUAUGGUAGCGCACAGAUUAGUGCUAGUGGAGGUCCAUAUGGAGCCUAUGGAAGUUAUUCUUCAGGUCGCACUGGUACUUCUGGGUUAUCUGGCCAGGCCCCUGUUUCUCGACGCAAAAGCUAUUACUAG